AUGGUUAAGCAAUCACCACGUAGGAACCAGAGAAAUAAGGGAUUUAAGGUGAAGCAUGUUCUCCAAUUAUGUGUAGUACUUGGAAUUUGCAUCUGGCUGCUUUAUCAAGUGCAGAACUCCCGUAGCAAGAAGGCGUCAUAUGAAGAAGCGACGAGAAUUUCCGAGAAGGUAAAGGAUGGAAACGAUAUCAUCAAGUUAGGGAGAAAGGAUCUCCAACCUCAGAAUGAAGAAACAGAUAUUGAAGACGACAAACAGAAAGAAAAGCAACAAGAGGAAAGGACACACUUGGAUGAUGAAAACAAGCCAGAUGAUCAAGGGCAAAAUCAAGAAAAAAUAGAAGAGGAAGGUGAGAAUAGAGACACUUUUGUGGAUGGAGAAAAGAAGCCAGAGGAGGAAACCGAGCAAGUAAAAGAAGAUUUGGACGGGGAGAAGGAAAAUAACGAGGCUGAAGAUGGCAACAGGAAAGACACUGAAGAGAAGGACACUAGGGAAGAAGGAAGUGAAAGAAGCAGUGAAGAACAAGUUGAAGAGAGAAGUGAAAAAGAAAAAGAAGAUGGAGAGAAGGAGAGUGGUGAAGAGGAUACGAAAGAAGAGAAGGGUAAGAAUAAUGAAAAUGAAGAGGUGAAUAAUGAAGAAAAGGGAAAUCGGGAGAAAGAGGAUGCAGAAACCGAUGUUAAAGAAGAGAGUAGUGGAAAGAUAGAAAAUGAAGAGAUAAAGGAAGAGAGGGAGAGCAGAGAGAAGAGAGAGGAAGAAAUAGAGGAAUCGAAUGAGAGAAAGGGGGAGAAAGCAAGUGAAGAAACACAGAAUGGGACUGAAGAUAAGGGAUUUAUACAAGACGAGAAGAAUAAAAUUGAAGAUAAAGGAACAGAAGAGAGAAAUGGAGGGGACAAUGGACAAGGUAGUAAAGGCAUGGAAGGAAACAACAAAGCGGAGGAGUUAAAAGAAGGUGGAACUGAAAAAUUAGAUUCGUCUGAGGGUGAGACUCAUGAGAGAACUGACGAGACUAAUGAGGUGAAAGAGGAGAAUUCAAAGGGAGAAAACGUCUCUGGUGAUGAGGUUCAGAAUUCUCAAAAUGUAACCAAAACCAAGAAUGUUAGUAAUGUUAAUUUGAGUGGGGAGGAGAAAUCCAAAAACACGGAACAAAAUGAGUUACAGGAAAAUAAGAACAAUAAUUCUGAGGCAACCAUUGGAAAUGAGAAUGAAGUGGGAUCAAAUGACCAAGAUACUGGGAAAACCGAGAACGAUAAUUCUUCUAAUGUGGUGGCCACUGAAGGCACGAGUGAUGAACACGUAGAGUCGGGGCAUAACCCUAAUUCUUCAGCAGGAACAUCUGAAGUUAAGGAACGAGGUCAAGUUAAUGAUAACUCUACCCCUGAUUCCAUUCGAAACGAAAGUGAAACUCCGCAGAACGUUAUUCCUCACGAAGAUGGGAUACAGACUGUUCUGAACGAGCAAACUGUGAAAAGUGAUACUGAGAAUGAGAAAUCAGAUUCAGAUUCAACUCAAACCUCAACAACUGAGAAAGUGAACUUGGCGAAUGGAAAUUCAAAAGGUUCUUCUGACAACACAGAAUUUAUUGUAUCUGAUGGGCAAAGUGGAGAUACGAAGACAGCUGAAGGCACGGAGAAUAAUUCUGAAACUUUAGCUGGGAGUGAGGGUAAUAAUAACUCAGGCGAACAACAGAAGGCUGAUAAUAAUAAGGGUAGUGAUGGUACAGAUUCAGGCCAAAAUAAAUCUGAAGAUUCCUCGGAUACUUCAGGCUCAUCAAAUGAGGAGGCAUCUCCAGGCUCAACUGAAAAUGCUGAUUCUGGUGCGCAAGAUGAAAAAGAUUCCUCCAGCUCUUCACUUCCUCAAGAAGAGAAAGAAGCUCGCACCGACCUGGGAACUCUUCCAGACUCUGGAACCGAAGUUAACAGCCAUGAUGCAGUUGCCAAGUGA